GGUGACUCUGUUAUUACAGUGCAGCUGACUGAGGAAGAUAAAGUUGAAGAUGAUGUAGUUUUUUACUUAGUCUUCACUGGGUCAACUGUCCAACACUGCACAAGCACAAGAAAGAUUAAUCCUGGGAGUCUGGAGACAAUUUCUCCCGGCCAUGACUGCUGUGAGACAGUGAAGGUGGCACUUUGUGCCUCUAGAGAAGGUCAUCCUGUUCUGAUUGUGGCAGAAGAGAGUUUCCAGUUUGUCCAGGAUGAAGCCUACGAUGCCGCCCAGUUUCUGGCCAGCUGUGCUGGCAACCAGCAGGCACUAAAUUUCACCCGAUUCUUGGACCGGUCAAGACCACCUGCUGCCGAUGUGGACUUUUUGGAUGAGAAAGUGGCUUUGGCAUUUCGACACCUGAAGUUGCCGGAAGAAUGGAAUGUGCUGGGAGCGGACCAGUCCCUGACCGAGAACAUCCCUCGGGAAACACUGAUGCAUUUUGCAGUGAGGCUGGGUCUGCUGCGGCUGACGUGGUUUCUGCUCCAGAAGCCGGGUGGAAGAGGAGCUCUCAGGAUCCACAACACCGAAGGGGCAACGCCCGUGAGCUUGGCCUUGGAGAGGGGCUACCAGAAGCUGCACCAGCUUUUGACCGAAGAGGAAGCCAGGGAACCAGACUCCUGGAGCACAUUGUCUCACACCGUGCACUCGGGGGACUACAGCGUGAAGCACCACCGCGGGCUCGAUGUUUACAUGCUGACAGCUGAAACCAAGGAAGGGGUCACAGCCAGCUUGGAGAGUGACAUACGGCACCUUCAGAUGCACAUGCAGAGCCACCAGCACAUGAGUUUAGGGCAGAAGACAGAGCCUGUACUGGGAGAUUCUAGAGACAGCUGUACUAAAGGAGCAGAGCCAGAUGUUCACCCAUCCACUACCUCUCAGAGCCUAGAAGAGAUGGCAAGAGAAGGAAGGCAGGAAAAUCUCUCUGAUCAUGUUCAGCUCGACAUUGGGCAGCUCUCAGACCAAACCCACCAGGAGGAGAAAUGCAACAGCAGGAGUUUGGGAGCUUUUAAUGAUGUGCCAGAUGACUUGCCAAGCACGGAGGAUGCAAAGAGCCCAGAGUGCUUCUGUGAAAGUAAAAAUACAGUGACGUUGAGUAAAAAGGAAGAGGAGGGGCCAACCUCUGCUGAAGGCUCUGGGACUAUAUCAGAUGAGAAGGACUGCACAGUGAGCCCGUGUGCAAGUGUAAACGGUGCCGUUAAUCUUCCAUCCUGUGGAAAUACAAAUGAGGAAGCUGGAAUGACAUCUGCUGGAGUUGGUUUGGAUCAAGCUGGCUUGUGCAGUAAAGAUAGUCCCCGUCAGGAAGUGCAAGCUGCCGAGGAGCGUGCAGCUGGCAGUACUGUUACUGUGGUUGAAACUGCAGGCAAAGCCCCAGCUUCCUUGGAGGGCGUGGAUGUGGCUAUGGGCCAAACUGAAUGCAGGAACUGUACAGGGGCGGCUGAGAAGGCUGCAGGCCAGCAGCAGGUAGAGGAUGGGAUGGCUGAGGCCGGUGAAGGGAGGACUGAAAACCCAGAAGAGCAAUCACCAGCUGAGGAAGAGUCAACUAGUGCUGCUCAGCCCUUACUCAGUGGUUUUAAUGGCACUGAGAGUGCAGAUGGGGAGGAUGCAGAUGCAGGAGCGGUACCAGCGUGUGAGGGUACAAAUGCAGAUGGUGGCACUGGCGAUGUCUCUGUUGACCUUUGCAAGGCUGGCGAUAACAAAGAGACUGGAGCGGACUCAUGCACUGAUCAGGUAAACAGUAACUGCUUGGAAGGCCAGGGUGAUGCCCGUGCCGCAGCAAGGCAGGAUGUCGCUGUGAGCGCUGGGACAGCAUUGCCACUAGUGAAUGGGGUGAAGUGUCCAACAUGUGCAUCAAAACCUGCUCCUGGUUUGGAAAUCCACGGCAGCGGUAAGAGCAGAGAGCGAGAAAGGCAGGUGGAAGCAGGUUGCACAGAUGGGAAAUCCAGUUCACCUUCACUGGAAGACAGCGUGGAAACUGAUGGCCCUGAUGGUAAACCUGAAAAUGGUGAUGUCGGUGGAUCUAAUCAAAGCAGUGCAGAACCUGCACGUUGCGAGGAGAGUGGUAAGAUCACUGAACAUGCGGCUGAAGCAAUGGAGGGCAAUGAAACCCUUGAAGAGGAGGCAGCAGGAACUGAUAGCAGCAGCAGCAGAGAUGGAGGAAGCGCAGAUUCUGCAGACGGAGGUCAGGAAGUUGCUAGCUGUCACCCUUCUGCUGAUCAAACUGUCGUUAGAGAUGAAAUGGGCGACAGCUUCCAACCGGACGCUCCUCAAGAUAGUAAACAUGAGCCUGCCUCGCCCCCUCCAGAGGAUGCGAGCACAUGUCUGGCGGAAAAAGAGUGUGCACAAAGCGAAGCAGAGAUAGCAGAAAGUGCUUCGGAGCAGGGGGGGCUGAGCGGCGAGAUGAAGUCACUUGCUCCCCUACCCUGCGGAGAGGGACCGACUGUGAGCCAGGAGGGAGAUGCUGCAGUGGCACCUCCCGGGCAGGAGCCAGCUCUGCAAGGUAAUGACCCUGGAUUAGCUUCAUGUGCCAAGGGCGCAGACUGUGUGGAGGGUAAUUUAGCAGGCACACCCUCUGUAAUUCAUAAUGAAGAAUCUAAACAAAACCAGGAAGCGGUGGUGGCAGCGGAAGGCGUGGCAGAGCUCGCCCAGCAGCGUGACAGGGAGCCUGGCAGGGUAGCUGCUGGGAGCGGCUGGCCUGGGGACUGUGCUGGGGAUGAGCGGUCUCUGGAGCAGAACCUCUCGCAGCAGGCUGAAGGAGACAAAGCUGAGUCUGAGCAGGAGGCUUCUGCAAGUGGCAGGGAGCAGGUUUUGUUGGAGGAACUUCUUGCCACUGUUGUGAAACCCUCUGCCUGCAGUCAAGAGCGGCCUGUGGCAGGCAGCAGCCAUGUGGAUGCUGGGCUGAAAGGGACAGUCCCCACCAAGGAAACAUGUGAGACUGGGGCAGAGGGUGUGGGAGAAGGCGCCAUGCACAGACGCGCAUCGACGGGCGAGUCAGCAGGUGCGGAGAGUGACCCUUGUCCAGAUGCAGCGCUGAACCGAGAACAUGACCCCGCUCAAACCCAACAGCGAAUCUCCCCACGCAGCAGCACCCCCGAAUUAAAGGAUGCUUCAGAAAUGGGAGCCCUGAGCGAUGCCUGUGGGGGUAAGGAAGUGUUAAGGCCGGUGGCAAUAGCUGCUGUCGCAGCGUAUCUGGAAAACCAGGAGGAUAUGGAAAGCGUGCUUCCCCGGGCAGCGCUUCAGCCCAUCGCAGAAGAGCCCACGUGCGACAGUGACUCCAGCACGGACACUGUCUGUCCGGCUGCCGAGAGUGAUGCUGGUCCCUCUGCGAAACCAGCUCAAGGGGGGGUCUUGGUUGAGCUCGAUGGAGAGCAAAGCCAAGCCAUACCCGAAUCAUCCUUCUCACCGUGUUCACGCCAUUUACGUGCUGUUGAGUCACUGGAAACUGGGGGAGUAAAGAGUUUGGUUUCAGCAGAUCAUGGCCCCUCUCUGGAUAAAGUACCUAAAAUGGUAAGAAGUUUUGAUGCGGUGGUUUUUGCAGCAGAGACUCCUUGUUCCCCUGAAUUACCAGCCACAGAAAAAGUGGAGCUUCAGCCUGAGGCUGCAGUGGAUGUGGGAGCCAGCCUUAAUGGAGACAUGGAUUUAAGUUCCUUGACAAAGAAGAGGAGCAUCAGCCCGGCAGCGCAAGGGGCGGAGCCUGUUACAGGGAAGUUGGAAAUGAAAACUGAAGAUGAGCUGGAUUUUCUGAAAGAUCACAACGAGAGCACAGCCCACGAGGAAGCGAUAAACCGUGAAAGCUGGUGUUCGCUGGAGCCAUGUCCUGAUUCUUCCCUGCUGGAGCGCAAGCGGACACGGGAGUCUCCAGAAUGUGAGAACUUCUUGGAGGAUGGGCUGAGUAGCGUCUGUGCCUCGUCACAGGGUGUCCUCAAAAGAGAGUCCGGGAGCGAGUCUGACCUCUUCCCCUUGCCUGGUGAUGGGAUGGAAGACCUUGUCUUUGGAAAGCAGGCUGAAGAGGAGCAGUCUGCAUGCGAUGUCACCAGCUCCAGUUCCUCUGCAGAUGACACCAUGUCCCUGGAGAGGAACUCAUCCCUGGGCAGCGACACUUCUCUUCCCUUCCCGCCGAUGGGGAACUUCAUCCAGCCCAAAGACAGGCACAGCCUGGAUGGCAGCUGCAUCAACAUGGUGGCCGCAGAGGGAGGAGAGAAGGAAGAGGAGCUGGACAGUAUCACGGAUGUGCCCGCUCCUUCCUCCGUCUUGCGAAACUCCAUGCGGCCACUGUCACCUUUCCGUCGACACAGUUGGGGGCCAGGGAAGAACGCCACCAACGAAGCAGAAAUAAAUCAGAGGAGUUACAGCUUGGAAGGCCUUGCUGGAGACUCUGGUGAGAACAAGAAGCCCUCUACGAGCUUGGAGGCUGCUUCUCUGAGCUCCAAAGACCUCAGUCGGAGUCCGCUUGCCAGCAAUCAGUGCGGGUCCCUGGUCUUGCUCACUGAAGAACUCGAGCAGGGGGAACUUGAAGACUUCCAUCACCAGAUGCAUCAACCAUCGCCACCACAAGGAUUUAAUUUCUGUUCUUCCACUGUUUCAUCUCCACUGACCAAAUCUAUGUCUCUAAUGUCAAUUAGUAAACCAGUGGACAAUACGCAGGCGUUCGGCAGCCCCACGGGUUCCUCGGUUCAGAGCAUAACUGAAGAGAGCAGCAGCGUCCCUGCUGGUAAAGGAACAAAAGUCAGUCGCACCUUCAGCUACCUCAGGAAUAAAAUGUCCAGCAGCAAGAAGAGCAAAGAAAAAGAGAAAGAUAAAGAGAAGACUAAAGAGAAGGACAAAGAUUCCAAGGAGAAGGAGAAAGAUAAGAAGCUAUUAAAUGGACAUCACUUCACUGCAACCACCGUUGUAGCCCAAGCAACCUGUUACCACUGUAUGAAACCUUUCAAUAAGGAUUCGUACUACUGUGCAAGCUCUCAACCGAAGGAGCGCCCUCGCUCUGCAAUACUUGCCCCUGAUGAAAACACCGUAACCUCAAUAUUCAAUAACAGGAGAUCACAACAGCCUACAGCACUUUCGAAAAGUGUCUCAAUACAGAACAUUGCAGG